AUGGUGAAUGGAGAAGAACUUCUACUGCCGAGUUCAAACCCUGAGAGUGACGGGUGCAGCCUACCGAGCGAAAAUCAAAUUUGCUUCACAUCGGGUGAUGGCCGAGUUAACUUUACUCCAGGACUCACUGUGAUACACACCCUAUUCCUGCGGCAACACAACCGAAUCGCAAAAAUGUUGCGGUCUGUAAACAGUGACUGGGACGACGAAACGUUGUUCCAAGUUGCAAAACGCAUCGUGGAGUCCCAGAUCCAACAAGUGUUCUACGGAGAAUGGCUGCCAACGUUCGCAGGCCGUGACGCAGUCGAAAAGUACGACUUGUUGCCGCUGCAGUCUGGAUUCACGACGUACGACGGCGCCGUGGACGCCACCAUGAUUGACGAGUUCUCUUCGGCGGCCUUCAGGAUGGGGCACUCCCUCGUCAGCGGCAGGUUUCUCCGAGUAGGCGCAGACAAUCAACAGCAAGUCGGUCAACUAAGAGACUGGUACUUACGCCCGUUUGACUUGUACCAAAACGGCUUGGACGACACAAUGCGUGGCAUGCUACUGACCCCCAUGGCUGCCUUCGACAGGUUUGGAAGCGCCGACAUGAACGAGUACUUCUUCAAGGAACAAGGGAACAACUUCGGCUUUGACAUAUUCUCCAUCGACGUUCAGCGGGGACGGGACCAAGGCGUCAGAGGCUACACGGACUACGUUGAGUUCUGCAGUGGAGUCAAGAUAAACACGUUCGAAGACCUCUACCUGAAGAAUCUGAUGUCCAAGGAGACGGCGGGAAUAUUUCAGAGCCUUUACAAGUAA